AUGUAUUCUAAGAGAUCUCAAAUGCCGGCUUAUGUGCUGGGUGUUGGCUUGACCAAAUUUGUCAAGCCACGAGGCAAAGUUGAUUACAAUGAGCUUGGGUAUGAGGCCGGCAUCAAAGCCAUGCUGGAUGCUCAUAUUAACUACGACGACGUGGAUAUGGGUGUCGCAUGCUACUGCUAUGGCGAUAGUACCUGCGGACAGCGAGUCUUCUACCAAUUUGGCAUGACUGGAAUUCCUAUCUACAACCAGAACAACAAUUGCGCCACCGCCUCAACUGGCCUGGCGAUGGCCAGGAACUCUGUCGCAUAUGGGGCUGCUGAUUGUGUCCUGGUUGUAGGCUUCGAAAAGAUGAACCCCGGGAGUCUGGCCUCAUUCUGGAAGGACAGGACAGACCCCUUGGAAAGAAGUAAGGCCAUCAGCGACAGCAUCCGGCCGGCAUCCAAAGCUCCGUUUGCUGCUCAACUGUUUGCCAAUGCGGCGCAAGAGUAUAUUGACAAAUAUGGGGCAGAACCACGCGAUUUUGCGGAAAUUGCGCGAGUCAACCAUGAACACUCUCAGCGGAAUCCGUACUCGCAAUUCCAGGACGUCUACACAUUAGAUCAAAUACUCAGUGCGCCUAAGAUCGAAGGUGUCCUUACUAAGACACAAUGUUGUCCUACGAGCGAUGGUGGCGCAGCCGCCGUUGUCGUGUCGCAAGCAUUUCUCGACGCUCGCCCCGAGUUGAAAUCACAGGCAAUUCUUAUAGCAGGACAACGCAUAGCGACAGACCCCAUCUCUACGUUUAAUGGAUCGUCGUUUAAUCUCGUUGGACAUGGCAUCACUAAGUCUAUCAUCCAAGACGUCCUUAAGGAAGCAAAUGUGAAAUCAAUCGAUGAUAUCAAACUGGUGGAACUUCACGACUGUUUCUCGCCCGCGGAAAUGGUCUUCAUCGAUGCCCUCGGACUGUGUGAACCUGGAAAGGCCCACGAAUAUGUCCGGGCUGGCAAUAUCACCUAUGGUGGCAAAACCUUGAUCAAUCCAUCGGGAGGCCUGCUCUCAAAGGGCCAUCCACUAGGUGCUACUGGCCUGGCUCAGUGCGCUGAGCUCGUAUGGCAUCUUCGCGGAUGGGCUAACAAUCGUUUAGUCGAAGGUACCUCCGCGGCUCUUGCGCACAACCUUGGUCUGGGAGGCGCAGGUGUCGUGACCAUUUACAAGAAUGCCAGCGGAAAGCCUAGCAAGAAGGUCUCAAACGACGAGGUGGCCAAAUUGACCGGGCUAGGCUAUAACCCAGCUACUCAAGCAAAAGGAUUCACGAAGGCCCAGGCUGAAAAGGUUCGGUCAAACAGGUUCCGAAGUGAUUGGGCACUAGGAGACACGCACACACAGGUUGAAGCAAAAUUUUGA